UUUUAAUUGAAGCAGAUCCAAAAUUAUUGUCUCUUUUAGAAUAAGUAAAUAAUCCAAUAGAAACACUUAAAAUAAAUCUAUCAAUGAGACAUUAGCAUAAUAAAAGGGUUUUUAUGGAUUUACUGAUGAUUUGAGAAUAACAGAUGAAAUAAAUCCAGGAAUAUUUGCAAAUGUGAUACAUUAUAAAGGAGAUGAUAUGUUUGGUAAAAUAAGAGCAAGAGAAUAAACAGAAAAAGAGAAAAAUGAAGAGUAUUAAAAAGGAUUCAAAAAAUCUAGAAGAGUUUUGAUUUAAGAGGAAGAAGAAGAAUAAUAAAAGUAGAAGCAUUUAGAAAUUUUAUUUGAGUAAGAAAAGUAGUUUUUAAAUUCAGAAGAUAAACAGAAUAAUUUAAUGAAGCUGAAGAAAUAUUCUUAAAAGCACUUUCAAUAAAAUCUAAGAGAUCUUUUGAAAUAUAAUUAAGAUUAGGUUACUUAUAUUUGAAGC